UAACUUUUUAAAAAUAGAUAAUAUAUUCACGUGCUUGUAGGGUUUAUCCCAAAUCGUUUGAAAAACUCCCUUCAAAAGGAAACUCCCUUCAAAAGGAAACUCCCUUUCGGCUUCUAUUUUCUGCACCAAAAAACAAACCAGCCAAAAUUAAAGGCAGACAGUAGAAUGGCUUCAAUCGCAGGAGGCCCAGCAUAUGUGAGAUCCUCUCUGCACAACACCAAACCAAACUUGUCAUUCCUAUCUAAAAGACACAUUUUCAAUAAAUCCAUUCCAUCACAGGGACAUUUAAUCCGAGUCUCUGCUUCCUCUUCUUCUGCUGUAGUAGCUCAGCCUGAGGUCUCUCAGGACACGGUUUCAAGUCCCAAGCUGAACAAGUACAGUUCCAGAGUCACCCAGCCCAAGUCUCAGGGGGGCUCACAGGCAGUACUCUACGGAGUAGGCCUCUCAGAUGAAGACAUGGGCAAGCCCCAGGUGGGUAUAUCCUCUGUGUGGUAUGAGGGCAACACCUGCAACAUGCAUUUGCUCAAGCUAGGAGAAGCUGUUAAGGAGGGUGUUACUGAUGCUGGCUUGGUGGGCUUCAGAUUUAACACAGUGGGUGUGAGUGAUGCGAUAUCCAUGGGCACCAGGGGGAUGUGUUACAGUUUGCAGUCCCGAGACCUGAUUGCUGAUAGCAUUGAAACUGUCAUGGGGGCUCAGUGGUAUGAUGCCAAUGUUUCCAUACCUGGUUGUGAUAAAAAUAUGCCAGGUACCAUUAUGGCAAUGGGGCGACUCAAUCGACCUAGCAUCAUGGUUUAUGGAGGAUCGAUUAAGCCUGGUCAUUCUCAAGGUGAAACCUACGAUAUUAUAUCAGCCUUUCAGGUUUAUGGGGAAUAUGUCAAUGGGACAAUCACCGAUGAGCAGAGAAUGAAUGUGGUGCGCAAUUCUUGCCCAGGUGCAGGAGCAUGUGGUGGCAUGUAUACAGCCAACACUAUGGCAACUGCAAUUGAGACCAUGGGCAUGACCCUUCCGUACAGUUCUUCAAUACCAGCAGAGGAUCCACUGAAGCUGGAUGAAUGCCGUAUUGUUGGCAAGUAUCUUCAGAAAUUGAUAAGUCUUGAUUUGAAGCCAAGGGAUAUCAUCACCAUGAAUUCCUUACGCAAUGCAAUUGUCAUCACAAUGGCUCUUGGUGGCUCCACUAAUGCUGUCUUGCAUUUGAUUGCCAUUGCCAGAUCAGUGGGUUUGGAUUUAACUCUCGAAGAUUUCCAGAGGAUUAGUGAUCAAGUACCUUUUCUUGCUGAUCUCAAACCUAGUGGAAAAUAUGUAAUGGAAGACCUUCAUAAGGUUGGAGGAACACCAGCAGUUAUACGCUACCUACUGGAGCUGGGGUUAUUAGAUGGUGAUUGUAUAACAGUUACAGGAAAGUCACUUGGAGAAAAUGUCAAAAACUGUCCUCCUUUAACAGAGGGUCAGCAAAUAGUGAGGCCCAUAGAAAAUCCAAUCAAGUCAACCGGGCAUAUUCAGAUAUUAUAUGGCAACUUAGCACCAGAUGGCUCUGUUGCAAAAAUUACGGGGAAGGAGGGUCUUUAUUUUUCAGGACCCGCUCUUGUUUUUGAAGGAGAGGAGUCCAUGUUAGCAGCUAUUUCUGAGAAUCCACAAAGUUUCAAGGGAAAGGUGGUUGUUAUAAGGGGAGAGGGCCCAAAAGGUGGGCCUGGGAUGCUAGAGAUGUUAACUCCUACUAGUGCCAUUAUGGGUGCUGGUCUUGGCAAGGAAGUGGCCUUGUUAACAGAUGGAAGAUUUUCAGGUGGUUCACAUGGUUUUGUUGUUGGCCAUGUAUGCCCUGAGGCACAGGUAGGGGGUCCCAUUGGCCUGAUCCAAAAUGGAGACAUGAUCACUAUUGAUGUGAGGACAAAGAGAAUAGAUGUGGCUUUGACAGAAAAGGAGUUUGCAGAAAGGCGGGCGAAAUGGUCUCCUCCACCAUACAAAGUUAAUAGAGGAACAUUAUAUAAGUACAUAAAAAAUGUGAAAUCUGCAGCUGAGGGCUGUGUCACAGAUGAGUAAAAUGUUAAGGGUUUGAGAUAUAUCAUGAUGUCAUCAAAAAUAAAGACAGUGUGUACCCACAACAAACGAUAAUCCAGACUUUAUGCCUUCUGCUGGUUUGGUGUCUUUCUUGUAUGGUAGUCAACAUAGUUAUGCACUUAUAUCUAUCUAGGGACGGCUCUUAAUGCCCGGGCAAUAUAAUUACUCAAGCAAGCAUAUUGUAAAGUUCUGUUUUAUUGUGUAUUGGGUUCCAGGCUGGUACUCCACGUCCAUUCAAAUAAAUGAUGGCCCUCCAUUUCCAUUCAGACAAAUGAUUCCUUACGUUUGUGAUAAAAGAUGUGUACAUUCCUUCUGGGAAGAAUGUUUGUUUGUUUACACACAUUAUUGUAGUUAAGUUUAAAUUUCUUUUAUUUAUGUAGUGGAAUUGGCAUGGUAAAUCUCAUGCUUACUUUGUA